CGCAAAGAUGCGUGAAAUCGUACACAUCCAGGCCGGGCAAUGCGGAAACCAGAUCGGCGGUAAAUUCUGGGAGGUGAUCUCGGACGAGCAUUGCAUAGAUGCGACCGGAACGUACUACGGCGACAGUGAUCUGCAGCUGGAGCGCAUCAAUGUCUACUACAACGAGGCCACCGGUGCGAAGUAUGUUCCCCGGGCCAUCCUGGUUGACCUCGAGCCCGGCACCAUGGACUCGGUUCGAUCUGGUGCCUUUGGCCAGAUCUUCCGACCGGACAACUUCGUCUUCGGCCAGUCUGGUGCCGGCAACAACUGGGCCAAGGGCCAUUACACAGAGGGUGCCGAACUGGUGGACUCCGUCCUGGAUGUGGUGCGAAAGGAGUCGGAGGGCUGCGAUUGCCUGCAGGGUUUCCAACUAACCCACUCGCUGGGUGGCGGCACCGGCUCCGGCAUGGGCACCCUACUGAUCUCCAAAAUCCGCGAGGAGUACCCCGACCGCAUCAUGAACACCUUCUCGGUGGUGCCCUCGCCCAAGGUAUCGGAUACGGUGGUGGAGCCCUACAACGCCACCUUAAGUGUCCACCAGUUGGUGGAGAACACCGAUGAGACGUACUGCAUUGAUAAUGAGGCGUUGUACGACAUCUGUUUCCGCACACUUAAGCUCACGACUCCGACUUACGGUGACCUCAAUCAUCUGGUUUCGGCCACCAUGUCUGGGGUGACAACCUGCCUUCGGUUCCCCGGCCAGCUGAACGCUGAUCUUCGCAAGCUGGCGGUGAACAUGGUGCCCUUCCCCCGGCUGCACUUCUUCAUGCCCGGAUUCGCUCCUCUCACCUCGCGAGGAUCGCAGCAGUAUCGGGCUCUCACCGUGCCCGAAUUGACCCAGCAGAUGUUCGAUGCCAAGAACAUGAUGGCCGCCUGUGAUCCGCGACAUGGUCGCUACUUGACCGUGGCCGCCAUCUUCCGGGGUCGCAUGUCCAUGAAGGAGGUGGACGAGCAGAUGCUGAACAUCCAGAACAAGAACAGCAGCUUCUUCGUCGAGUGGAUCCCGAACAAUUGCAAGACGGCGGUGUGCGAUAUUCCACCCCGGGGUCUCAAGAUGUCGGCCACCUUCAUUGGGAACUCUACGGCCAUCCAGGAGCUCUUCAAGCGCGUUUCGGAGCAGUUUACGGCCAUGUUCAGGAGGAAGGCCUUCCUGCAUUGGUACACCGGCGAGGGCAUGGACGAAAUGGAGUUCACCGAGGCCGAGAGCAACAUGAAUGAUCUGGUAUCGGAGUACCAACAGUACCAGGAAGCCACUGCCGACGAGGAGGGCGAAUUCGAUGAGGACGAAGAGGGUGGCGGCGAUGAAUAGGUUUUUUUCACCACAACCCACAUCUACAUCAUCCUCCCCAUCAAACACUAGACAACCAACGACCCAACACAAGCUAGCGGACGACCACUGAUGGCAACCUAAAAUCGAGCACAAUUUACACUGUUCCUUCGGUUAGCACAGAUUGAAAAGCAAAUCCUGUCGAUUGUACAUAUUUCCUCUACGGAUUUUUGUGAGAUUACACAUCACACACGGAGAUUAUCCCUGUUAUCUCUUGUUGCAAUUGCUGUGAAUUCUAGGUUAACAAAUAAACCUUUUAGUUUUCAAACGACACGCAUAAUUAA